AUGCUAGAGUCUCUUUUUAUUACCCAUCUUAUUUUUGCAACGAUACAGUGUCUCAUGGGGGUUUUAGCAAACGGCAUCAUUGUGGUUGUGAACAGCACAGACUGGAUCAAGCAGAGGAAGAUGCAGCCCUUCGACCUCCUCCUUUGCUGUGUGGCGACUUCCAGGAUUUGUCUCCAGAUAGUCAUAUUCUACUUCAAUCUGGCUCUUGUUUCCCUGGUUGAAAUCCCUUCUUCUGGUGGGUAUUUUGGCAUGUUCAUGUUUGUAUACCCAUUGGAACUUUGGCUUGCCACGUGGCUCAGCGUUUUCUACUGCACCAAGAUCUCCCCCAUCGCUCACCCACUCUUCUCUUGGUUGAAGUUGAGGAUCUCCAAGUUGGUGCCAUGGCUGAUUUUGGGGACCUUGCUAUGUACAAUUCUCACUUCUGUUUUCCACAGAAAAUAUGCGUGGAUUCUCUUCCAAAAAACCUGGUCGAGCUUUUUAUUCCCAAAUGCAACAACUCAAGUCAGAGAAAUCAAAGAAAUACCUGUGCUACAGCUUGUAGUUUUGUUCAUCGAACUCUUAUUGCCCUUAGUUAUCUUCCUUAUCUCUGUUCUUCUCCUGAUAUGUUCCCUGGGGAGACACACCCAGCAGAUGAUAAGGGCAGCAAUGGGCACCAGGACCCCGGGCGUGAGUGUCAACAUCACUGCUCUCCGGUCCUUCCUGUCCUUCCUGGUCCUCUAUGUCUCCCAGUACCUGAUGGCUACUUUAGCCUUUUCUCAUAUUUUCAAGAUCAGAAACUUCAUCUUUUUCAUCUGCGCGUUGCUGGUUGGUUUAUACCCCUCUGUACACUCCAUUGUCUUAAUUUUAGGAAAUCCUAAACUGAAACAAAAUGCAAAGAAGUUCUUCCUCCACGGUAAGUGCUGUCAGUGA